GUAACACAUGUGUACGGUAAACUUUAACAGCUGUAAAACAUUCACGUUUGUAACGCAACGACACAAAAGAAUCAGGAAUGAGUUCAGAUGCUGUUUUAGAAGUCGAAGACCAUGUGUCUCCUGAAGAACUUGCGGUUGAGAAGGUCGAUCAUUGCAGUAUUGAGCUGAGCUGGAACACAGAGGAGGAGGACCGUAGUGGCCCUCCUGACGAAUGGACUCGCUUUGCUGUCGAACAAAUGGAUCCCAAAACAAACACAUUUUUCACCGUAUAUAUAGGACACAGCAAUCAUCAUAUUGUGGAGAAUUUAUUGCCGAGCAUGUCAUAUCAGUUCAGACUAAGGAUCACCAAACCAAACGGGGAGUGCUCUCUUACCUCUGCUGUCUCAGCCUCCACAUCCAGUGAGUCCACAACACGCUUGUGGUUAGGACGUUCAUUAUUGCAUCUUAAAGCAGCUUCAUCAGUAUUAUGUACUUCCCAAAUGAAACCUAGUUUUUCUGACUCAGAUGAGCCACCGAAUGGCAAACAACUACACCAAGCUGUAAACAGGAAUGAUGAAGAAGAGCUGAGCAGAGUGUUGGAGUCUGGGAUAAUGAACUUGAAUAUUUAUGACAAACUGGGAAACACCGCACUUAUGGUUGCUGCACAAAAAGGCUUUAGCAGAAUGGUUCAUAAACUGAUACAGCAUGGUGCUGAUAUAAGCAUGAAGAAUGUCAGUGGUAAGGACUGUCUGAUGCUGGCCUGUUUUGCUGGCCAUUUGGAUAUUGUGAAGCACCUGCGCAUUUUUGGGGCUACCUGGCAGUCUCAAGAUGUGAGCGGGUGCACUCCUCUCCACUGGGCUGUAGAUGGUGGCCAUCUUCCUGUCGUCGCUUUCAUGAUUGAGGAUGGCUGUGAGGUGGAUGUGCGGGACACUGUGUCUGAGUGGACUCCUCUCAUGAGGGUGUCAGCAAUGAGUGGAAACGCUGCUGUGGCCUCACUUCUCAUUCAGGCCGGAGCUGACGUCAAUGUCCGAGACAAGGACGGAAAGACACCACUUAUGGUAGCCGUGCUGAACAAUCACGAGGAGCUGGUGAAACUCCUGCUGGAUAGCGGCGCUGACCAGCAUGUGACAAAUAUGUAUGGGUCAAGUAUAACAGAAAUGGCCGAAGCUUUUGGAAAGCAGGAUAUCAUCAAAUUGUUGGAAAAUGUACCAAAGCAAGAUUGAGCAUUUGGCCCGGAGCUGACAUCAGUGUCUGAGACAAGGAUGGAAAGACACCACUUAUGGUACUGCAAAAUGACUAUGGAAGAAAAGUGGUUCUCAGAAUAUGCUGUUUGUAGAGAAAAAAGUAUAAGGCUGUUUGUUGAAACUCUGUAGUUCUUAUUAGGUAAUAAACAAUCAUGGGCAGAUAUUGAUGGUCCUGCUAGAUAGCAGUGCUCAAAAGCAUGUGACAAAUAUGAGCUACAGUGUCUUUGCAAUAUUCAUCAGAGUAAAUUAUGUAUAAAGAAGUUGACUAAAAGUCAAUAAAGUAAUAAAUAAGCGUUUGUUAUAUCAACAAACUUUACUUUUAUUUUGUUAAGAAUAAAAGUUUUGUUAAGAAUAAAACUUUCAACAUUAAUUUUAUAUAAUAUCCUCAACUUGUUGGAUGGAAGGGAGACUUUUUUUUGUUUAGAUUUGCAACAAAAAUUGAAGAAUCUAAUAGUGGAUAGAAAUGAUACCACA